AUGGCCGCAGCAGCAGAGGAGCCGGCGCCCUUGCCGGCACCCAUGCCGGCUCUUUUGCCGGUGCCUUUACCGCCACCCUCGCCGGCGCCGGAAGACGAAGCAUGUGGUUGGGGUCCCCUAAAACCGCGCAUCCUGCAGCCGCUGCGCACACCGCCCUUGGCGCUGGCGGCCUUCUGCUCAGCCUCGUUCAUCCAGGGCUUGACGGUGAACGGCUACGUAAACGUUUGCCUGCCCACGCUCGAGAAGCGAUUCCAGCUGCGCAGCGUCCAAGCAGGCACCAUCGUCAGCAUGUACAACGUCGGAUCGCUCCUCUGCUCGACCCCGGUCGCCUACUUCGGUGGUUCCAGCCACAAGCCCCGUAUCAUUGCCGUCGGCACGCUGGUCAUGGCCAGCGGCUCACUGCUGUUCUCGCUGCCACACUUCCUGGCUCCCAGCUACAAUUCGCGCGUCGAGGUGCGAGACACAUGCCCUAACCGGCUGGCAUUACACGCCCUGUGUCCGGAAGGCGGAGAGGGCAGCCUCGCGAGUUACCGCUACCUGUUCAUGCUGGGAAACUUCUUGCAUGGCUGCGGUGCCUCGCCAUUCUACACGCUGGGGGUCGCCUACCUCGACGACAGCGUGCCCACCAAGACGUCGCCCGUCUACCUGGGCAUCUACUUCGCCAUGGCCAUCAUGGGCCCCGCCAUGGGUUUUAUCUCGGGCGGCUACUUUCUCUCGCUCUACACGGACAUCCAAAAGGAGUCAAGUGAGAUUAGGAUCAACCGCUUCAGUAAGGUCUGGGUGGGAGCAUGGUGGAUAGGCUUCCUCAUCGCCGCCUGCAUGGCCACGCUCAUCGCCAUCCCAAUCUUCGCCUUCCCCAAGGAGCUGCCCGGGACUCGAGAAAUUCGCGCCUCGAAAAGGCCGGAAAUGGACGAGUUCGCAGCGACGAAAAUGCGCGUAGAGAAGCCAGUCAAGUUCAUCCCCAUGGUCUUGGUGCUGCUCACGAACCGCACGUACAUUCUCCUCACCCUCGCUGGAACCGUUGAGACCUUGAUGGCGUCCGGGAUAUCGGCCUUCAUCACCAAGAUCCUCGAGUCCCAGUUUGGCUUGACGUCAUCCGCAUCGGCCACCCUUCUAGGACUGAUCGCCAUACCGAGCGCGUGUGGAGGCACCCUCCUGGGCGGCUACAUCAUCGACAAGCUGGACCUAGUGUGCGCCAACAUCAUCCGCAUGAGCGUCAUGGCGAGCAUGUUCACCUGGUGCGUGAUGGGUUUCGUACUGUUCCACUGCCCGAAUGCCCCCUUUGCCGGAGUGACCUUCACCAAGGGAUACCACUUCAGCCCAAACGCAACGUGCAACGCGCAAUGCAAGUGCACCGAACUGCUGUACAGUCCAAUCUGCGGCGUGGACAAUGUCACCUACUUCUCGCCGUGCUUCGCUGGCUGCCGGCAGGAGAUGCUCGUGGAAGGAACAGUGCUCUACUCGGAUUGCGAAUGCAUCAAGGCGAAGGAGCAGCGCGCCGGGGUGUCAGUACCAGUACAGGCCGAACUGACGCGCUGCCAGACCUCGUGCGACUACCUGGCGGUUUUCUCGGUCGGCCUGUUCCUGGUGUUGUUCGGCACCUUUCUGAACAGCGCGCCCGGUCUGAGCGCCAGCAUCCGGGUAGUCGGAGACACGGCCAAGCCACUCGCCCUCGGCUUGCAGUGGGUCUCGGUGCGGCUCUUCGGCACCAUCAUGGCGCCCAUCCUGUUCGGCAUGAUCAUCGACCGCAGCUGCCUGACGUGGCAGACGCUGUGCGGCGAGCAGCGUGGCGCGUGCACCAUUUACGAGAACAGCAGCAUGAGCUACAACCUGUUCGGCGUGCUCAUAUUCGUCAAGACGCUGUCGGUGCUGCUCUUUUUCAGCGCCUGGGUCACGUACCACCCGGCCAGCAACUUCAACCUCCGCUAAACCACGGCGCUGAGUGCCGACACUGUCGGCACGGAAUUGCAUGCAAUAGAGCCGCCGUGCACAGCGGUACUUUCGGCGAAUGGGUGAUGGAGACUCCAUUGGU